CGAGACACUCCGGGUUCUUAGCAGACAGGUGAGUGAGCGGCAGAGUGACUGGCGGCCAGAAGAGCGGAGGGCGCCGACACUGCGCAGAGCUGCACCGGGGCCACAGUCCUCACACAGUAGGGGCCUAGGUUGUAUAUCUUUUGUGACGUCAUCCCUGCAAAAUGGGGCUCCGGACCUGGACGCUGUGUGCUCUCCUCUCCGUUUUCUUGGUAAUCCUGCUGCCCUCCCAGACAGAGUCUGUGGCCGUAAUGUCUGUUGAUAUGGGCUCUGAAUGGAUGAAAAUUGCUAUCGUGAAACCCGGAGUUCCUAUGGAAAUUGUUUUGAACAAGGAGUCGAGGAGAAAAACGCCGUGUGCCGUGGCUUUGAAAGACAAUGAGCGUCUCUUUGGGGACAAUGCUGUAGGGAUGGCAGCGAAGAAUCCCAGGGUGACAAUGCGGUACUUUCAGGACUUGCUAGGGAAGCGGGCAGAGAACCCACAAGUUGAGAGUUUUAGAAACCGGUUCCCAGAGUACAAUGUUGUGAAGGAUGAAGAGCGGGGCACGGUUCUUUUCAAGCUUUCAGAAGAGCUGACUUACACCCCGGAGGAAUUGCUGGCCAUGAUGCUGAAUUACUCCAGAAUUCUGGCUGAAGAAUUUGCAGAGCAAACCAUUAAGGAUAUAGUGAUUACCGUCCCAGCCUUCUUUAAUCAGGCAGAACGCAGAUCUGUUCUCCAAGCUGCCAAACUAGCUGGUCUGAAAGUGCUUCAGCUUAUAAAUGAUAACACUGCCGUGGCUCUGAACUACGGCGUUUUCCGAAGAAAUGAUAUUAACUCAACCGCACAGAACAUAAUGUUCUAUGAUAUGGGAUCGAGGAGUACCACAUGCACGAUUGUGACUUAUCAGACCACCAAGACUAAAGAGUCCGGCAUCCAGCCACAGCUUCAAAUUCGAGGUGUUGGAUUUGACCGAUCUCUUGGUGGCUUAGAGGUAGACCUGAGGCUUCGGGAACACUUGGCUAAGCUUUUCAACGAACAAAAGAAAUCCAAGAAGGACGUUCGAGAGAACCCCAGGGCCAUGGCUAAACUCCUCAAGGAGGCAAAUCGUGUUAAGACCAUCCUGAGUGCCAACAAUGAUCACAUGGCACAGAUUGAGGGGCUUAUGGAUGACAUCGACUUUAAAUCCAAAGUAACUCGUCAAGAAUUAGAGGAGCUGUGUGGAGAUCUCUUUGAAAGGGUUUCUUCUCCCGUGCAGAAAGCUUUGAGUAGUGCCGAGAUGAAAAUGGAUGAAAUUGAUCAGGUCAUCAUAGUGGGAGGCAGCACUCGUAUCCCCAAAGUUCAAGAGCUACUCCUUAAAGCUGUGGGCAAAGAGGAGCUUGGAAAGAACAUAAAUGCAGAUGAAGCUGCCUCAAUGGGGGCCGUUUACCAGGCGGCUGCUCUGAGUAAAGCAUUUAAAGUGAAGCCAUUUGUGGUCCGAGACGCUGCAGUUUUUCCAAUACAGGUGGAGUUUACCCGAGAAGUGGAGGAAGAAAACGUAAAAGGCUUGAAGCACAAUAAGAGAAUUCUCUUCCAGAGGCUGGCACCGUACCCGCAGCGCAAAGUGAUUACCUUCAAUCGAUACAAUGAUGACUUUGAAUUCAACAUUAAUUAUGGAGACCUGAGCUUCCUGGACGCUGAGGAUCUGAAGAUUUUUGGAUCACUGAACCUCACUACUGUUAAACUCCGUGGAGUCGGGGAGAGUUUUCAGAAGAAUGUAGACUAUGAGUCAAAAGGUAUCAAGGCACACUUCAACAUGGAUGAAAGUGGAAUACUCAGUCUCGACAGGGUGGAAGCUGUUUUCGAGACCGUAGUAGAGGAGAAGCCAGAGCAAGAAUCCACAUUGACAAAGCUGGGAAAUACUAUAUCAAGUUUAUUUGGAGGAGGCAGUUCCACCGCAGAGAGUAAGGAAAAUGCCACAGAUAGUGUCCAGGAAGAAGAGGAGGUGCCUACUGAGGCCACAAAAGAGGAUGAUCAGGCAUCCACAACACCAGCUAGUGAGCAAGCUAAUUCAGACACUAAAGCAGAGGACAAUAAAACGGAAGAGAAAAAGGAGGGUGAAAAAGUGGAGAACAAGGACUCCAAGGAAAAAGAAGAAACUACAAAAGAAGCUGAGUCUACAAAGUCACCGGAAGAAGAGCCCAAAAAACCACCUCCUCCCAAGAAGCAGAAACUUGUUGAUGAAAUAGGAGCAGAGCAGACCGUUAAUGAUAUACAAGAUCUUGCAGAGGAAGACGUGAAGAGAUCUGUUAAGAAGCUGCAGGAGCUCACUGAGCGAGACCUGGAGAAGCAUGAGAGAGAAAAAGCUGCAAAUAGCUUAGAAGCUUUUAUAUUUGAGACCCAGGACAAACUAGAACAAAAUGAGUUCCGGAAAGUGUCUACAAAAGAUCAGAGAGAGGAGAUCUCGCUCAGGCUUAGCCAAGCCUCAACCUGGUUAGAAGAUGAGGGAUAUGCAGCAGCCACUAAGGAGCUUAAGGACAAGCUGAGUGAACUUAAGAAGGUGUGCAAGUCAUUAUUUUUCAAGGUUGAAGAGAGAAGAAAGUGGCCAGAAAAGUUGUCGGCUCUGGACAGUUUGCUGAAUCACUCUUCUAUUUUUCUGAAGAGUGCGAGGAUGAUCCCUGAUGAUGAUCCUAUAUUCACAGAAAUUGAGCUAAAUACACUGGAAAAGCUCAUUAAUGACACCUGGGUCUGGAAAAACGAAACUCUGGCAGAGCAAGCAAAGUUACCAGCCACCGAGAAACCAAUCUUGUUGUCUAAAGAUAUUGAGCAAAAGCUAGCAGCUUUAGACAGGGAGAUUCAGUACCUGCUAAACAAGGCAAAGUUUUCCAAACCCAAACCUAAGCCCAAGCCGAAAAGUAACACCACAAAAUCGGACAACGGAGAGAAGAAUACAACGGAGAGUGCUGAGAAAAAAAAAGAGAGCACGGAAGCAGAGCCACCCAGUGAACCUGAGCCUGCAAAGGAGCCUCCAACAGAAGAGAAGGUUUUAGAAUUGGAAGGUUCUGAAGCAGGUAAUCCGAGGCAUGCGGAGGAAUUUUAAUGCUCUGGUUACAUAGUAAGAUUCAGAUUCAUCGACGCAGAAACCUUCAGAAGAGAAGCAGAAGACUGAGUUAUAACCCUGUGUCACCCACAAUCCACGCUGGCACUUGUAUUUAUUGACAUUACUUUUUUUGUAAUGGACCCCAAUGGUUUCAGACAAACUGAACUCUAUUUUUUCUUUUUUUUUUUUUUUUCUUUUCAAGAAAACAAA